UUUUGUUUAUUUAUUUAUUGUUUACUUUUUGGGGGGACAGAAAUCCCUGUUGAAAACCAGUCCGAGAUGGGUCGCAUGGAAGAUGAGCCCAACUGGAAGAAGACCACGGAUGAUAUCCAGGAGAUCUUCGAGUUUAUGGAGGUCCUCGGAUCGGGUGCGUUCUCCGAGGUCUACAUGGUCAAGGAGAAGAAGACGGAGAAGCACUUUGCCAUGAAGUGCGUCAAGAAGAAAAACAAACGGGACUUAAAUCUGGAGAACGAAAUUGCUGUGCUGAGAAAGAUCAAACACGAAAACGUUGUUUGCCUCGAAGACUUCUAUGAGAGCCGAACACACUACUAUCUGGUGAUGGAGCUAGUUUCUGGCGGGGAGUUAUUCGACCGUAUCCUGGAUAGGGGCAUGUACUCCGAGCGGGACGCCAGCCACGUCAUCAAGCAAGUGCUGGAGGCUGUCAGCUAUCUGCACGAAAACGGCAUCGUUCAUCGAGACCUGAAGCCUGAGAAUCUGCUGUACUUCAGCCAAGAUGAGAACUCUAAGAUCAUGAUAAGUGACUUUGGCUUGUCCAAGAUGGAGGACAAUGGCAUCAUGUCCACCGCUUGUGGAACACCAGGCUAUGUGGCCCCUGAGGUGCUGGCCCAGAAGCCCUACAGUAAGGCAGUGGACUGCUGGUCGAUUGGAGUCAUCACCUACAUUCUCCUCUGUGGAUACCCUCCUUUCUACGAGGAGACAGAGACGCGCCUCUUCGCCAAGAUCAUGAAAGCUCAGUACGAGUUUGACUCCCCGUUCUGGGAUGACAUUUCCGACUCUGCUAAGGACUUCAUCCGCAACAUGAUGCAGAAGAACCCCAAGAUGCGCUACAGCCCAGAACAGGCCCUGAGGCAUCCCUGGAUCAUUGGGAAGACAGCGCGCAGUCAGGACAUCUAUCAUUCUGUCAGUGAGCAGAUGCAGAAGAACUUUGUCAAGUCCAAGUGGAAGCAAGCGUUCAACGCUGCCAUCGCCAUCAGCCACAUGCGGAAGUUGCAGCUGGCCCACUCAGAGGGCAGCCUCCGCAAGAGCCGCCCCCCCACCCCCAUCCCAGACAUCAACAUCACCGAGACCUCCGCCUCCACCUCCACCAAAUCCACGAACCACGACCAGCAGCUCGACAGCGACGAGCUCAACGGCAAUGUGACGCCGACGUCCAAUCACAGCCUGGCCGAGAGUCACGUGACCGUCCCGCACAGCAGCAGCGAGCCUAAAAGCCACUACCUGGCCGUGCUGAGCUGCAGCCAGAGCGACCCCCGUGAGCGCCAGCCGCACAGCCCCACCCGACCACAGGGGGGCGCCAUGUCUAUGCACGUGGGCGCCUUCACCAGCGCGGAGAGGGGCAAGCACGUCUACCUCUCAGAGCCUGCCAAUCUAAAUGGGUAUGGCAACAGAGGUCGUGGUGACCAACCACUGCAGACUGGCGUGUGCUCCAUCAUGUGAUCGCCCAGCGUGCAAUCACGACCUUCAUUUACCUGGUCAGUAUUUCUGACUGAGCCAAUGGCUGAUGGAAAGGGGCGGAGCCCACAUGGCAGGCAGGAGACCUCCUUGGACAACAGCCAAUGGAUGGGAGGAGCUCUGAGGCCCCGCAAAUCAGAGGGCGUCAAGACUUCUUCCAACAAAACCAUGCAUACACUCAUACAGUAUACCUGUACACGUACAGUAUAUGGGUAUAUAAUCAUGAGAUUGCACGUAUAUACCACAUCAAAUUAUAAUAACUGCUAACUGCUCAUAUCGUGAAGCUCUUGAUCAGAGCAGCAUCACAGAAGCUGGAUAGCUCAUGACUGUCCAGUGAAAACAGUAAAAAAAAAAUUGUCUGUGACUAAAGUCACAACCAAAAUAAAGUAUUUGUGUGUGUUCUAUUAGCAUCUGUGUGUAGCCCCCUGAACAGCCGCAGCGUAUUCUACAAUAUGGCUGAUGUAUAGUGGCAGAACGCCUAACACUGUCUUUGUGCGUCUGUGUGUCUCUGCUUGCUACUUAUUUAAGCGCCACCGCAUGCCUUUCAUGGUAAUGCCACUUGCUAAUGCUAAAUAAUGCUUGCUGCUGUGGUGUGAUCAAAAUCACACUCUCUUGCGCAAUGUUUCCAACAUGUAUAUUGUUACACAGUUUGCUUUUCUGCAGCUCAAUUAAUUAUUUGAAAAAGUUUUUUUUAAAUCAAUUCACCCAGGCUAAAAAUGCUUUUCAUCCUUAAUGAUUUAUGAUUGUAUAUUUCCACAUGCUGUCUCACAUCUAGAGGUGAUAGAGUCAUUCAAUAUUUUUAUAUUUCAGGUAUUCUCAUACCAUGUACAUAUUGAUAUCUUGAUUUUUCUAAAAAACAAAAAAAUGGGUAAAAUACUUUCACAAACAUCUUUUUUGUCACCUUUGUCUUUAGUUUCUUCAAUAAAGUGUGUGUAAUUCAUCCUAAUGUACAGGUAGGCUGCCUCUGUGCUCAGUAAGGUCUGUGUUGCUUGUUGUGGUUUAAGAGGUGAUGGCUGGCUGACCUGGGGAGUGUUUGAAGAACCUGUCUCAGAAGUAAACCAGAUUAAGAAGCCGUUUACACCUAUAUGGAUACUUUUGAAAACAUAUUUGUUUUGGCCUUCCGUUUACAUGUAAACAGUGUUUUAAAAUCCACAUAUCAAAAAUCCAGCUUUAAAAAUGUCCCAUUUAGGGGGCUAAAACAUUACAAUUAGUUUUUUUUUUCACAUGUUGCAGGAUAAAAAAAUAUCCACAUUUAAAAGUAUCUGUAUACGUGUAAACAGCACCUAAGUUAACCUUGAGAUAGUGGUGAAUCAUCUUAAAUAGAAGAACCUGGACUCCUCAUUGUCUUAAAUAAAGGACACAUGUGGGUUAUCUGUUAGCAGGUUCAGCACUUCCUGUAGGUUAACUUAGCCUUAUCACUUAGUCAUUGUAUGGGAAUAACCCCCCAGCCAACUGUCUGCAGACCAGAGGCAUGUGUGGUCACAGGACAUGCCCUCACUGUGAAAAGAAAAGA